CAUAAAACGGCGCGUGAGCUCUGUUUUCCCGCUCGCUGUUUGUGGAGAUACAGAGACUUAGUAACAACUGCUCCUGAUUUUAGUUUUAACACAAUACAAUCGGUUUUAAUCUUAUUUCGACAUGUAUUUGUUGAAAUAUUUUAAAUAGCUUGUGAUGAGCUCGGUUUGACUUCCGGAGUCAGGGCUGAGGUAACAUCCAGAUGUGAUGGCAGGUCAUCAGGAUAAAAAGGUGGAGGAACUUGUAGACCAGGCUUUGAAACAUAACUUCAGGGCUUUGGAGGAGUUUUUACUAAGUGAGACGAGGGACGGGGUUACAUCGAAAUGCUCCAAACAGUUCAUCUUGAAACUGGACAAAUUAAUUAACAGGGAACUGGACCAGCAGAAUGUGCAGAAUGCAUCUGUGGUUUUUACCAUCCUUCACAAAUUUGGAAACACACUGGUUUUUUCAGGGGGUGGAGGAUUAUCAGUGGUAGUGUCCCAAGGACUUGUAAGAAAGAUGGUACAGUGGUUUGAGAAAGCCAGAAAGUUAUGGGUUGCAGCUGGACCAUCGAGGAAUGAGCCGCUUAUAAACUUAGCUGAAGACUACUUUGAUGCAUUGAUGGUUAUUCAUAAAAGUUGUAAAGAGGGUACUUACCAAGUAACAGAAUCUCUGCUCCAUGACAUUGGCAAGUUGGCCUCUGAUCCCCAGGUUAACAUUCUUAUCCAAAAAGAGGCGGUGAGGAAACUGAAUAUAAUGUUGGGAAUGAUCCCAUUUGAAUUGAAGAAAAAGAAAAAUAUUUUGUCUUCACAAGAGGCAUCAAGUGUCAUGAUUGCUUUGGCGAGUCGAAUUCUUACAGCUGGAGAUUAUGAUCUGCAGGUGGCUUUGAUGGAGGCUCUGUGUAGAAUGACUUCUCGUGCCCAACGGCGGGAGCUGGCUGAUCAGUGGUUCAGCAUUGAAUUGGUUGCUUCUGCAUUCACUAAGAUUCAGGACUCAGAGUUUGAGACUGAUUGCAGAACAUUUUUAAACCUAGUAAAUAGAAUGCAAGGUGAUGAUCAAAGUGUGUACUCCUAUCCUUGUCUGGAGGUGUUUUUGGACAAGCAUGCGUUGCUUAUGCCAGUGGAUGAAAACCUUCAGGAAUUUUGGAUUGACUUUAAUCUGGGAAGCCAGAGCAUCUCGUUCUAUUUCUGUCUUGCCGAUGAUGAGGCAAAGCAGGAGAGCCAGUGGGACACUUUGUGCAUUACAGAAAAUGAAGUCCAGAGUUACACAUUGGAAGAGGAGCAGGGUGUAAAAGUGCUGCACCUGGUUCUAACUGAGCCAGUGUGUCUGAGCAGCAUCGAGGGCACUAGACUCACCAUCCACUUCAGUUCCUCUUUGGACAUCCUCAAUGCCACCAAGAAAGUUUAUGGAGAAACCAAAAAUAAAAAGUUUAUUGGGAAGACCACCACAUCUGUGGUAAAAACCACUGUUCAAAUAAUUCUAGAUGAAGGAGGUUCACAGGUUCUUUUUCCUGAGAGUCAAAACUCCUCUCAGCGAAUGGAAAAAAAAGUACAUUCUUCAGUAAGGAGUGACACUAACUGUCGGUUGCUGACAUCUAAUGACAAAGAGGCCCAACACAUCAGUCAGCAGAAGAUAACUCCAUUAAGGAGUAAGGUGUCAGAGUCAUGUAUGUAUGUGUCUGGUAGCGCUGGACGUAAACUUGGCAGAAGCUCCUUCAGCUGUGUGUUGCCUGCAUCUACCCCAGGGAAGGUGAAACUGAAACCAGCUCUUGAGAUGGUAUCCUCUUCAGAGAAAAGAAAAACACUUGAAUCGAAAGAGCUCUCAACUGCCAAAUUAUCUCACAGUGUGCAGUCAGUUAAUGUGGAAAGGGAAAGCAUAAGAAAGCCGUCAGUUACAGACUUACCGAGUCCAAAUAUACUGCAGGGCCAGGAAGGUCAACCAGGGAUGGAAAAAUACCGCCGGCAUCUUUCUGUGGAAAAAGUAGUGGAAAUGGUGCAAGCUGACCCAGAGCUCCAGGAAGAGCCUUUGGAUAACAGUAUAGUACUAGACUCCCAGCCUGUUCUGCUGAGAGAAACCUCUAUUCCCAGAUACUCAACUCCCAGCUGCCAUAACAAAAAGAGGAUUUCUGUGUCUGGGUCAUUAUUCCCGUGUCAUCCUGAACCUUCAUAUCCAAAUCCAAAUCAGUCCAAAUCAGAGCCUCCAGAGCAGCUGUUUGUUGUCCAGACCAGCUCAGGAGGCCUGAGCUACAAACAGUUUCAUGCUCAGCUCACACAAAGACUGGAGCGGGUGCUAAAAGAGUGUGAGCAGCAGGAACAAAACCCACCAGAGUUUAGUGCUGCUGGAAAAGAAGCUGAACCUGGAAGAAGGACACAGAGACAAAACCAAACUAAACUCUGCACAACUGAACAGAGUGGAUGGGCUAAGGCCAUUAAAGCUGACAUGAGCCACAAUAGGAAUGCAGAGAAAGCAGCCGAGAGCAUGGUAAAGCAGAUAAAUAGUCAUUAUAAUCGCACUGCUUUUAGUACUUCGGCAAAGCAGCAUGUUUCCCGGUUUAACAUCGCACCACCUAACAGAUCCAUUUUCAAUAAAAGCUGGUGUCCAAACUCAGUUGCCAAGAUCUCUGCUAAUACACCUGGCCUUCUUAAGUCAUCUUCAGAAGACCAGGCAUAUAAUUCUAAGAAGCCAUCAGAUCAGAAUAAGGACGUUUAUACAUUCAACCUGGAUGUGUCAGAACUCAGUGAAAAAAAGAAUAGGUCUUCUCUAAUUUCUGGAAUGGAAAGCAGUGUAAACAGCAGUUCCCUGGUUCUUUCCAGCAGCUCUAGAAAAUAUCCUCGUAAGAAGCCCACUGGUCGUAAUGUGAAGAAGCACCUGUUCAGUGACACUGACACUGACAAUAUGACAGAUAUAAGCUGGACAAAUUCAGCCAACAGGAGACCAAAACCCAAAGUGGCAGACUACACAAGACAGCCAGUUAAAGCCGCUCGUCUUCCUGUGGCCAUCACAUUUGAAAAUCCAAACAUACCCAUUUCUUCACCAGAAGCUUCAAAAGCAUUGCCUAAACCAAAGAUGCAGAAGAAGGUGGUAAAAGAAAAGCAUAUAAAAAGCAAGGAUAUUGCCAGCACAAAGCCCCUGGGCAGGUCCCAAAGAACCUCAGCUUCGACCAUAUCAUACAGAGAGUUGUCUGAUUCUGUGAGUGAGACAGAGCCCGAUGAACCUCCAGCAAAGAAGAUUAUCAUCAAACAGCCAGAAAAGCAUCAGAGGACAGCUUCAGUUCAGAACAGAGAUGCAAUCGUCGAACCACCUGCAAAAAAAACCCAUCAACUUCGGUCAAAGACUGUCCCUAAGGCUGUAAAGCAGAAACAAGAAAAAGAAUUAUCUAAUCAUGAAAAAUCUAUGCAAAAAAAGAUGAUUGCUGCUGUUUUGGAGGCCAACAAAGUACAAGAAAAUGUUUUGGCUCCUAAAAUUGCACCUUUCUGUUCUCCUCCUCUCCUGCCUAAUAUAAUUAAAUCAGUGGAGAAGAGCACAGCCAUGAUGAGAUCUAAGUUUAAGUCUCAGGUUCUUCAGAAGUCUUCAGUCCAGGAUAUAGUACAAGAAGAAAAGAUAGAUGGCAUAAUUGCACAAGUUGAGAAAGGGAACGAACAGCCCGAAAACACGCCUACACAUUCAGAGACAGGCAGAAAGUUUAUUGAGCAGAAAGAUGUCAGUGAAGUAUCGGGAUUUGAGCAGUCAAAAAACAUGAACAAAUUGCUUUCUCCAGCAUCAACAAAAGAAUUUGGGGCUUCCAAACACACCUCUUUCUGCCUUUCACCAUUCUCUAUUGAGAAGAUGAGAUCUGCAGAGAAAAAUGCAUCCUUACCCAGAUCUCCUCUGACACCCCUACAACCUUUGUGCAUCUCUCCUGUUGAUGGCAAUUCCCCUCCCUUGGAGUUGAAUAGCCAUCUGAGAGGGAUUGAAGCAUCCUCCUUCUUUAAGACUUCAGGAGGAUGGGAUUGUGCCACACGUCUUCCUCACUCUUUCGUUCAGAUACAAAGUGCUCAAGAGCAAGCUGAGCUGAGUCCUGGGCAGUCAUUUGGCCACCCCCUAAUUGCCUCCACUGGCAAGGAGAAAUGUUCUUCAUUGCUCAACUCUCCAGACCUAGAUGCAAAUCUCAGGGGCGUUCUAAACACCACCAGCCAAAGAGUUUUGCCGACUUGCUUUGACAAAGAGUCUGCCAUCACUUUGGUGACACUAAGCCAAUCAUCACACACAUCUAUGAAUAAUAUUGCGAUGAUCUGCACUGAACUUGAGAAAACACCUGCGUCUGUUCAGAGGAGCAGUGUUGAAAAGGCAGAAUCAGGGCCUGCAACUCCUCGUACUCGGCCCAGCACAUGCAAUUCCACAAGUCUGUCUGAACAAGAUGACAGUGAGGAAGAAGAUAAGAGGACUGGGCCCAGUCAAUUCGCUUUUAGAAUGAAGCCAAGAAAGCUGUUCAAAACUGCCAAGCAGCAGUCUAAGACAAAAGGUUUUAAACAACCAAUGCAAGUUGACAGCAGUGGUGAGGAAGGAGAGAAAGAGAACAGAUCAGUAGUUACUGAAGAUGCAGAAGCACGGUCCACUGUGGUGUCAGGCUGUUGGGAGACAAGUAUGGAUGCAGAUGUGGAUCUGGUACAGUCUGAAGUGAGCACAUCUCAGGAGAUGAGCUAUGUCUGCCAUCAGUUCAGCUCUGAACUUAAGAGAAAAUUUGAGAACCGCUCAAGGAGAAUGGAUCUCUUCACCAAGCAGUCCCUAAAAUCCUGCAAGCAACACGUUUCUACUAUAACUCUGAAAGUGCAAAAGUACAGGUCUCAGAGGCUGGAAACAGUUAAACGAGUUCUAAUGGAUGAAAUAAAAAACUUGGAACAUGAUGACACAUCUCUGCGGAACAUGGAAGCAGAGCUGACUGCAUACUGGAAGAAGCAAGCCCUGGCUUUUCAUGCUUACCAGGAAAGAGGAACCCAAAGGCUGAAUCAUUUAAAAGGCACAAUUGAAACAAACAUAUGCCGAAACCCGGAGUAUGAGGAACAUAUAUUUCUUUCACAGAUGCAUUUGAUGAAGAAAGAUAUGAAAUCUGUUCAGGAUCAUUUAUUCAGUCAGAUGCAUGAGGAAGAAUUACAAAGUGUACGCAGAGGACUACAGACCUUGUUCUUUACAGACGUCCCCAUGUUUUAAAAGUGUGUUCUUAUUAUAUUUCAGUAAUAUAUGUUCAUUAUCAACUGCAAUGCUAUUUAAAAAGUUAAUUAUUUCCUUUUUUGAUUUUUAUAUGUAACGUGUUAUGGUCCUGUUGGACACCGUUGCAGUUUGAACUUUUCUGAAACAUGGUGAUUUUCAAAUACUAAUAAAAUAACAAAAAAAGAAAA